UAUUAUUAUUAUUAAUAAUAAUACUAUAAUUUAUUUGAUGUAAAGUGCAUUAUAAAUUAAAUGUAUUUAAUUAAAUUCUUAUUAAUAAUAUUAACAACAAUAAUAAUAAUAAUAAUAACAAUAUGUGCUUGUGUCCCAGACCACAUCAAAUAAUGAAAUUGAUAAAAGGUUGAAAAAUGAAAAGUUUGGCUCAAGCCAUGAUGUCAGGUUUUAUGUUGUAUGUUACAGGCGGGCCGUAUUCAAACACUUGGUGAGCCAGAUGUGGCCCCCGGGCCGUAGUUUGCCCACCCCUGCUCUAAAAUUUUACACCAAGUGGAAUCACCUCUGGCGGGGCGGGACCUGGAGCCGCACUUACACCCAUGAUUGGCCCCGAAUCACAAAAUGUACAGCUUUAUCUUCGCGGGUUCGAGGAGCAGGUUGCCGGGGUUAUAAAUAGAGCCUCCAGCCGAAGGGGGGGAAGAAAAUGAGCAUCGGCAUCCGGCGACCGCUCCAUGAUCUCUGCGAGGAGGAUGCUGCAGCAAGCGCUUAGAGUAUCCGGCCGGAGCGCCUUCCCCCUGCUCAAGUGGGUGGAGAGGUGGGCCGAGGGCGCAGCAGCGGCCGGGACGGCAUCGAAGACGCUGGAUGACAUGCCCGGACCGUCGGUGCUCGGUUUCGCGUGGGACUUAUUCCCACGAAAGGGGCUGUCAAAGCUGCACCAGCUACAGCUGGAAGGACUGCAGCGGUACGGCCCCAUGUGGAAGGCCAGUUUCGGCCCCAUCCUGACGGUCCACGUGGCUCAUCCGGCGCUUAUCGAGCAGGUGCUGCGACAGGAGGGGCAGCACCCCUGCCGCUCUGAGCUUUCCUCUUGGAAGGACUACAGGAAGCUCAGAGGUCACCACUAUGGAUUGUUGACCUCUGAAGGAGAAGAAUGGCAAGAGGUGAGGAGCCUCCUGAGCAAGCACAUGCUGCGGCCCAAGGCGGUGGAAGCUUACGACAAAACCAUCAACAGCGUGGUCAGUGACCUCAUCGGCAAACUUCGCCUGCGCCGACAUCCCGACGGCCUCGUCACCAACAUCACGCAGGAGUUCUAUUACUUCGGCCUCGAGGGAAUCGCUUCUGUCUUGUUUGAAUCCCGACUCGGCUGCCUGGACGCAGUAGUUCCGAAGGAAACGGAAAACUUCAUCCAGUCCAUCAAGACCAUGUUUGUCAUGACGCUCCCUACCAUGGUUAUGCCAAGAUGGCUGCAUUGGUUGUUCCCCACGCCCUGGAAACACUUCUGUCGGUGCUGGGACGACAUGUUUGAAUUUGCUAAAGGCCAAAUUGACCAGCGUCUGAGGGAAGCAGAGAAAAAAAACAGCGGGGGAAAAGUGGACGGCCACUACCUUGCCUACUUCCUGUCCCAGACGGCGUUGCCCAUGAAGACUGUUUACAGCAACAUCACUGAGCUGCUGCUUGCAGGCGUUGACACUAUAUCCAGCACAAUGUCCUGGUCACUGUACGAGUUGUCCCGCCACCCUGACGUGCAGGCCUCACUGCGUGAAGAAGUCUUGACAGUCAUGGAAGGCAGGACCGUGCCCGAGGCCUCAGAUGUAGCACGCAUGCCUCUCCUGAAGGCCACAGUCAAAGAAGUGCUCAGGUUGUAUCCAGUCAUUCCUGCUAACGCUCGAGUCAUCACUGAGAGAGACAUCCAGGUUGGGGGCUACCUCAUACCUAAAAAUACUCUGAUAACCCUGUGCCACUUUGCAACGUCACGGGAUCCCACUGUGUUCCCAAAUCCUAACGACUUCCUGCCACAUCGAUGGUUGAACAAGGACCACACUCAUCAUCCGUACGCAUCCGUGCCGUUCGGGGUGGGAAAACGGAGCUGCAUCGGGCGCCGUAUUGCUGAGCUGGAGCUUUACCUUGCUCUCACCAGGAUCCUGAUAGAGUUCGACGUGAGGCCGGACCCCAAAAGGGGUUCUGUGAAGCCCAUGACACGGACGCUGCUCGUUCCUGAAAAUGUCAUUAACCUGCAGUUUGUUGAACGAUGACCUACCCGAGUUACGUGAACGUGACCACGACUCUGUCUGCAGAGGAGAGCACGCGGGCGGGGAGUUACCGGCUCAAGAAUCAUGUCAGAAGACGCCCAAUAGCAGGCCUGUGGAGUUGAUUACAGCAGCUGAGGCGCUCCACAGGAAAGGGAAAAAGCCUUUUAAGCGACUGUAAUGUUAAAACAGCCACGAGAGCUCAUAUCUGCACAAAACCUGAGAGCACCCUGAAUGUCCUCAGAUGCUUUCAUUUAUUACAACUGGACUCAACAUGUUAAGCCCUCGGAGAUGAUUUUUUUUUUUUUUUUUUGUAUUAGAUGUUAUGAUGCAAGUGUGAUUAAGAACUGUGUUCAUUCAGGACGUGACCUCCCACAUCUUGAACGAGCACACUGUCCAAAAACAUUGAGCUUUAGGCAUGGUAAAAAAAGGAUGCAGUGAUUGGACCAUCUCCAGGCCUUAUUGAUGCACCAGUGAGUUUAUGAAAAUGUUUGUCGUAAGGCGCUUAUGUUUGUAAAUAUUUUGUGACGGGUUCUUUUGAAGAAACCUGCACCCCAAAUGGCAGCUGCUGUAAAUAUUUCUGCACAUUCAAACAAAUGGUGCAAAUAUUGAUUUUUAAUUCACUAGGACUUUGUACAUGUGACUGUACUGUAAAGGCAAUGCUAACACUUUUUUUUUUUUUUUUUUACAAUUUGGAAACAUUAGUGUCUGUAUUUAUUCUAAAUUAAUAUGAAACUUUGUAACAGUUUUAAUUGUCAUUAAAAUCCAGGGUACAGGAGCGGUGUCACGUUUUU